ACCAACGCUGAGCACCGACAACCUCCGAUUAGCAGGACGCUCAGCUGCUACGUACGGUGGAGCGAAAGAAAAUUCAACUUACCAUGUCCAUCUCGGCCCUGCCGCUGAUGCUGCUGCUGGGGGUGGUGGUGGUGGGAGCCCAGCAGGAGAAGACCGUCUGCGCGGGCAUCAACGGGAUCCCCGGUCAGCCCGGAGCCCCGGGGCAGCACGGGACCCCUGGGGCCCCCGGGAGGGACGGCAGAGACGGCGUUACCGGAGCACCCGGAGCCAAGGGAGACCUCGGGGCUCGAGGCUUGACUGGGGACCCAGGUCUGCCAGGAAAGCUGGGUCCUCUUGGCCAACCGGGGCUCGCGGGGACUCCGGGAGUCCCAGGUGAGCAGGGCGAAAGAGGCGAGAAAGGCAAGCAGGGAGAGAGCGGCAUGGGGCCCAGGUCGGCCUUCUCUGCGAAGGCUGGCGCUUACACGCCGGCGGCCGGCUCCCCCGUGACGUUCAACGUCAUCAUCACCAACCCGCAGGGCCACUACAACCCCGGCACGGGGAAGUUCACCUGCGCCCACCCAGGCGUCUACUAUUUCACGCUGUACGCGCACCCCGGUGAAAAGAACCUCGUAGUUAUGAUCAUGAAAAACGGGGAGGUCAUCUCUAAGAUAUGUGGUAUCAACUACAACGCAAUAAGCGGCAGCGUCGUGUUGAGUCUCAAAGCCGGCGACGAGGUGUGGCUGGAGAUGGAGGCUCCGUACAUUCAUUUUUACUUGAACGCGCACAGAGACGCCGUGUUCAGCGGCUAUAUCUUGUACUCCGAGUGAAUCGUUUUUGUUUCCAUCGGCUCGUCUGGGAAAACAGAUUGGGAACACAUUAACAUGCACGCAUAUGCACCCCCCCCCCCGUGAUAAACAAAGCUUUUGGGCAACAUCUCAGAAAAAUGCUCAACAAAAAUCUGCAAAUAUUCCCAAAGCUGUGGUAAUGACUGUUAAAUUUCGGAUGUGAGAUGUUCUCACCAGAGGAAAAAUAGGCCCGGCACUUUUUCUCAGCCACCUCUCUCCUUGCCAGCCAGGGUGUCUGGGCGAUUAUGAAUCGGUUAGACAAUGCAGAGAGACAUAGCAACUUUCACCAACUGAAAAAGUCCUGAAACCUCACCAAUUUUCCCAUCCGGCAUCGGCAGUGAAGGGAGAAAUAUUCCAAUUCCAGCUGAUAGCUAUGAAGGUUGCUCAUUUCUAACAUGGGAGAGAGAGGAGUUCCGAUCCAUUUUCUGCAAUUCUCUCAAUAUUUUUAAUCGGACACCAACACAGAUUUUUAAACGCACUUUGACGGCAACAGAAAGAAGGACAAUAACUCGAUCUGGAAUACUGAGAAUCUUAACAAGAUUUGGAAUGCAGUAACUAUGCCUUGGUUCGUUACGCACAAGGACGUGGACCAACUGUGGUGGAUAAUAAUUCAUUGACAACCAAAUACAACCAACUAUUCAAACUCUCAGGGACAGUAAUAGCACGCGUCUACAGAACCCUGCAGUUCACCAACUUAACACAGCGACCCCGCGUGUCGACAAUGACAGAACACCGCGGCGACUUACACAGAUAGAGACCACCGCGAGGACCGUUCGCAACAACCCUGACGCACGUCUGGAGUCUGCUGCAGUAUAUUCUUCACACAUAUCGUUUGAUGCAUGGCUUAUCAGCUUUAAAUGUAUUAUUGAUCAAUCGAUUGCAUUGUUGCACGACAAAGGCGUACGUGUUCACGGAGUGCAGUAAAGUUUGUAGCCACAUGUACUGUACGGUACAGUAACGACAUUUAUACUGACGCCAUUUUACUCCAAUAAAAACAUCUAUCAUGAAUAAUAUUGGUGGCGACAGCCUACUGCUACUUUAGGUUAAAUUGACAGUCAUAAAGCACAGGACACCGUCCAGUUAAAGGACCGGAGUUGAACGUUUAGGUGUCAGAAUACAAGUCUUCAUUGCAGCCCGGUGACACCUACAACCCAGAUGUCGCAACCGGGUACCCGAUACCCGUACCCUACCCGAUACCCGGCUACACGUACCCAGUCGGGUACGGGUACGGGUAGCCGUUUGCGACCCUGGUGCGGCCGGGUACGGGUACGGGUAGGCCGUGAGUCACUGGUGAGUAGCCGUUUGUCACUCAUUUCAGGUAGGGUACGGGUAGGGAACGGCUAACCCGUACCCGGCCGGGUACGGGUACUCAUUUGCGACCCUGGUGCGGCCGGGUACGGGUAAGGAAUCAAAACCCGUUUGCGACCUCUGCUACAGCCGGAUGUUGUGUUCAGCCCACGGGGUCUUAAACACAGGAGCACUGGAGAUAGAGGCGCUCUCUCUCUCGUCGUGAGUUCAAGACAGCUGCACAAAGUCCCAGCCCAAUCAAAACACGCUCCUAGGUGGCACAACUACCGAUUCGCCAUUUCAACGUUGGUGGGGUGGCUUUGCAAGUUACGACUCACUUUUACUCAAAUAGCUAGGGCUGUUUUUUUUAACCCCCGUAUAUACAACAUGUAGGCUAUAACUACAUAUAUAACCGGAGGUGCGGGAGGACAAUAAACUAUGUAUCUCUG